AUGGCGUCUCCCUCCGCUCGCCGAAUCUUCCCAAUCUCCGACUGGGCUCCUGCCCACGAGGCCCUGUACUCCGAAGCCGACAACGACUCGUCCAUCGACACUCUCCCUUUCCCGACCAAGCCGCGCCAGUCCUCCUACACGCCCUCUCCCUCGUCCUCCUCGUGCUGCGCGCCCCUGCCCCGGCGCAGCCACACCACAAAACAACACCGAAGCAUGUCGUUGCCUUGGCGGCCCAAGUCCCAGAUCAUCUCGCCCGACGCCAUCGAGGCCAAGUUCCGCGACUUCUCCCUCGAACGCGCCAACACGGCCGCUCAACUGGCCGCCACCCCCUCUAGCUCGGCCUCCGCCUCCGGCCCGGCUCCAGGCUUGGGUGGGUUCGUUGAUGACGAGACCACGCCGUCGGACUUCACAGGCACUGUCAAGGGAAAGGGCAAGGGAAGGAUAAGUGGCAUCUUCAGACGCGCCUCUGUCUCCAUCAAGGGCCUGGUCCACCGUCGAACAUCCAUCGCUACCGACACAUUCGAAGAGCCACGCGACACGGCCCGCCAGCAGCAGCAGCAGCGAUCGGGCCACGGCCCUUCGUACUCACAUCACCACAUCCAAACCACUCCAACCUCGCCCCUGGGAGGUUCCUCUCCCUCCCGAAUCAGCACACAGCAGUCUCGUCCGACGACAAGCCACGGCAUCAAUGCGACGUGGCACCGCCUGCGACAGGCUACUAGUUUCCGACACUCUCGUGUCCUGUACGGCGACUUUACAAUGCACGCCCACGAGGUCCCUUACCAACCACAAGAUGACCUCCCCUACUCGGUUCCCAGACCCGGAGUGGGCGGCGAGCCGCCUGUCAUACCGCGGAAUGGGGGUUCGGGCGCACGGGCUGCCGCCGCCGCCUGGCAGCACGACAUGUUUCCCACUGUGCACCCUCAGGGACGAGCCGAGAUGCCGGUUUUGAAGAACAAGCGGUUGACCCUCGAUUCAACCCAGACCGACCGGGAGAGUGGCAUAGGCAUCGCUGUCACCAGCUCCGAGUCUGACGCUGGCGACCCGCAGGACCUGGACAUGGUGUCGUCAGACGGUGCAGAGGUUCUGUAUGGAUGUGCCCCAGAGAUCAGUAGGAUCGACUUCAUCGACAGGCUGCCCGCGGAAUUGGCGAUCCAAGUGCUCGCCCACCUCGAUGCCGCAGAUCUGGCGAGGUCAAGUCUAGUCUCACAGUCGUGGCGGGACAUGGUCUCCACUCAGCACAUCUGGAGGGAGUCUUACCUGCGUGAGAAGACCGGCACGUAUGCUACGAGCAGCCCUGUCCAGCCAGGCACAGGACUAGGUGUGCCCGCCAUCCAGCCGAAAAUCACCUGGAAAGACGCGUACAGAGUUACUGAGGAGCUGGGCAAGAGAUGGAAACGGGGCCAUGCCACGUCAAUCUAUCUCAACGGGCACUCGGACAGCAUAUACUGCUUGCAAUUCGAUGAGCAAAAGAUCAUCACUGGUUCCCGCGACAAGACGAUCCGCAUCUGGGACAUGCAUACCCUGGCGUGCAAGCUGGUCAUUGGUCCGCCCGAGGUUGUUAAGGACAACGCCUUGCUCUACGACGAGGACGGCAACCCAACGCACUCAGCGAGCCAUGAGCCUCAUACUGGAGCGCAUGCCGACCAAAACCGCACGACCUCGGUGCCGACAACGGUCUCCUUCCAGACCCACCACAAAGCGUCCAUUCUCUGCCUCCAGUACGACGACAAUAUCCUCGUUACGGGAAGCUCCGACGCCUCAUGCAUCGUGUACGAUGUCAAGGGCGGCUACCGUCCCGUGCGACGAUUGCGCCACCACACCGCUGCCGUCCUCGACCUUUGCUUCGAUGACAAGCACAUCGUGACCUGCUCAAAGGACAUCAGCAUCUGCGUCUGGGAUCGGGAGACGGGCCAACUGCUGAAACAACUCAGAGGUCACAGCGGGCCAGUCAAUGCAGUGCAGAUGCGCGGCAAUACAGUUGUUUCGUGCAGUGGUGACUUCCGAGUCAAGCUGUGGAACAUCGACACGGGGAAGCAGAUCCGCGAGUUCCAGGGCCACACCAAGGGUUUGGCGUGCAGCCAGUUCAGCGAGGAUGGCAGAUACGUGGCCAGCGCUGGUAACGACAAGGUGAUUCGUAUCUGGGACGCCAACACGGGCGAAUGCCUCCGAGAAAUGAAGGCGCACGAGAGCUUGGUGCGGUCCCUGCACAUAGAUAGUGUUUCGGGACGACUCAUCUCGGGCUCCUAUGACACCGACAUCAAGGUGUUUGAUAUGGAGUCAGGCCGCCAAUUGCUGGACUUCCCUAGAUGGCACGCCAGCUGGGUGCUGAGCGCCAAAUCCGACUACCGCAGGAUCGUGUCUACUGGACAGGAUCCCAAGAUCUUGGUCAUGGAUUUUGGUGCCGGCAUUGAGGGAAUCGACAUGCUCGAAAGUGAAUCCGCUAACAGAGUCGCCAUGGAGGAGAAUAAGGCGGUUGCUGAGGUCCAGGAGGAUGUCGGAUACAUCUAA